UCAGUACAUGACACAACGGGAACCUCCACAUGGAUUGUCAGUACAUGACACAGCGGGAACCUCCACAUGGAUUGUCAGUACAUGACACAACGGGAACCUCCACAUCGAUUGUCCGUACAUGACACAACGGGAACCUCCACAUGGAUUGUCAGUACAUGACACAAAGGAACCUCCACAUGGAUUGUCAGUACAUGACACACGGGAACCUCCACAUCGAUUGUCAGUACAUGACACAACGGGAACCUCCACAUCGAUUGUCAGUACAUGACACAACGGGAACCUCCACAUGGAUUGUCAGUACAUGACGUCACGGGAACCUCCACGUCG